GUAACAUAAUUUCCUAGAAUGAGAGUUUUAUCAUCUCAUUUUACUUCCCAUCCAAUCAUCAUAAACUACACAUCUCAUUUCUUGAUCGAGUUGUGUGGUCAUACUCCUCAUCAUCAAUGUUCCUAAAUUUGGUAUUAGUUCAAGAAAGAAUUAAUGAGGAGAAUUAGGAAAACUCCCUAUUUGAUUUUCAUCAAAAAAAUCACCUCACUAUUUGUCCCUCCGAUUUUAGCAAGCUACCUAAUAGAAGCUCAAAAUAAAAUACUACAAAUCGAAUAGGUGUCGAAUAAAAUAAAGUAGGGGAUGAAAUAAGAAACGAACAUAAGUCUCAUGUCUCAAGGUAAAAAGAGGAAAAAAAAAAGGCACACAACAAAAAGGGACAAAACAAAAGGUCUCAUUUCAUUUGUUUUAAAACUUGAGAGCCAUCAUCUCCAAACUCAAAAACACAGUCCAAGUUGGAUCAAGAAUCGAUGAUCAAAAUGAGAGGCAGAGAGGGCAAAGGCCCUCCUUCAACCGAUCUACUCGUAUGCUUCCCAUCUCGAGCUCACCUAUCCCUCAUGCCCAAGCCCAUCUGCAGCCCGGCCCGCCCCUCCGAUUCCUCCUCCUCCUCCUUCCACCGCCGCCGCCCCUCGCACCACCACCUCAGAAAAUCCACCAUGUGGGCCCGCACCAAACACAAGAAUAAUAACAGCAAUGCAGAUAUCUCGGAACCCACCUCGCCGAAGGUGACCUGCGCUGGGCAGAUCAAGGUGAAAACGAAGCCGAAUUCGUGCAAGAACUGGCAAUCGGUGAUGGAGGAGAUUGAGAGGAUGCAUAAUCACCGCAAGCAGAAGAAGCGAGCGCCGUGGAUGGAGGCGCUAGGGUUCAAGAAGGAGGUCAUGCAGUUCUUGACAUGCUUGCGCAAAAUCAGCCUCGAUUUCCGCUGCUUCGGCUCCAUCCCCGCCGUCGAGAUCAGCUCCGACGACGACGAGGGAGAAGAAGAAGAAGAAGACGAAGACGACGGCGGCGCGUCGGGAGCUGUGUUUUCCAAGUGGUUCAUGAUUUUGCAAGAAGAUAAUAAUUUGAGGAAAGAUGAGAGUGUGAUUGUUGAUGAUGAGGCGCCGCCGCCGCCGCCGCCGAAUGCUUUGCUGCUCAUGCGGUGCCGCUCGGCGCCGGCCAAGAGCUGGCUGGAGGAGAGAGAAGAGGAGGAGGAGAGAGAGAGGAGGAAUGAAUUGGAGAUUAAUAAAGAAGAGGAGGAAACGAAGGGAUCGACGGAUUUCUGUGAAUUUGCGGUUGAGAUUGCCAAGGAAAAUUGGAUUAAUCAAGAAAAGAUUUGCAGAAGCAGAAGUUGGAAGAGAUGAUCGAUCACGGUUUGGAUUUUUUUUUUCUUUUUCAUUUUGAAACUACUUUUUAUCAUGCUGCUAAGAUUACUGUUUUUUUUUUAAUUAUUAUUAAAUAGUUUGUGUUGAAACUGAUUUAUACAUCGAUCAUAGUUUUGUGUUGGGAAAAUCCUGCUCUCUUGGGUUUUCAAGGUUAAAUUUGUAUGUUUUUUUUUUAUUUCCUUCAUGCUUGAGAAAUGUAAUAAUUUGUGUACAGCAAGAAAUUAAUUUUCCAUUUUUAGAA